GCAGAGCCGGCAGUCCGUCUCCGGCCGGCGAGCCACGAGUCGGGACGCAGGUGUCGCGCCACGCGCUCUCGUCGCGACUCAGCCGCAUCUCCGAACCGCUCCGCCAAACUUGAACAUGAGUAAACGCAUACAGUGGCCGAGUGCACUUCUCAAUUUAUUAAUCAGUUCGGAUUAACUAGCCCCUCGUUCGUAUUUUGCGUCGCGGGCGCCGUGGGUGCGAUGCGGUGGUCGUGGUGCGCGGGCCGAGUGCUGAACGUGGCGGCGGCGCUGCUGCUGGCCGCCGGGCUGCCGGUGCCGGCGGCGGCGCCCGCGCGGCCCUGCGCCGCCAACGCGCUCUGCCUCUGCCGCGCCGACCACCUGGCCUGCGACCACGUGCCAUUCCACAGGUUCCCUCACACUGAAGCGGACACGUGGCACGUGUCGGUGUCCCGGGCGCACCUGGGCGCGCUCGGCGAGACGGCGCUGGACUCGCGCCGCCUGCGCACCCUCGUGCUCGUCGCCUCGCGCCUCCACCACGUCGACACUGGCGCCUUCUCGUCGAUGACUUCCACUCUUGCAUCUUUAGAUUUAGGAUACAAUGAAUUUACAGAAAUACCCAUUGAAGCUCUCCAGGAAUUGAGGGUGUUGAAUUGGCUCAAUUUACAAAACAACUACAUAAGCGACAUAGAUCCAACGAUGGACUGGGGAUUUCUGUCGGAAUCUUUAAGUAGCUUGUCCCUUAGUAACAACCACUUGGUGGUGCUGCGAGAAGGGGCUCUGUCGCAGCUCCGAAGGCUGGCUCAGCUGGACCUAGAUGGGAAUCGGCUGCGCUCGCUCGCUGCCACCGCUUUACCGCCCACACUUGCGCUGCUACGCUUAUCUGACAACUUACUCUCCCAUGUGCCCUGUGCCUCUCUCGAACUUUUGCCGCGUCUGCAGCAUUUACAUCUUCGUAAUAAUGUAUUGAGAUCCGCCUUCAACCGAACUUGCCGCAUUGACUACUCGAAAAUAGAUUCACUCGAUUUGAGCCACAAUGAACUUGAUGACACGUUUCAACUAGAUUUUCAAAAUAGAAUUCAAAUAAAACAACUCAUAUUAGAUUUGAACGAGUUCACAGUCAUACCCUCAUUCGUACUUGACAGCGGUCGCCUGGAAAAAUUAUCUGUAUCUUACAAUAAACUAAAAUACGUGUCAGAUAUGAGUAUAGAAUCGUUGAAGCACAAUCUAGAGAGACUAGACUUAGAUCAUAACGAGUUGACAUCGCUUCCAGAAAGCUUAAGGGAAAUGGCUCGCAUGCGGUAUUUGUCAUUAGCAUACAAUCGUUUAGAGGACAUGAUUGCUUUGCCGCCCAAUCUCCACUCACUAUCAUUAACGAGCAACUACCUGACGUCUUUUCCUAUGGCUUUGAAUGAUUUAGCGGAUGCUACAUUGGCAUAUCUAGACCUUGGCUACAACCAAAUAUCCGUGGUGUCGGGCGAUAUGUUCGGUCCAUGGUCGGAUGCAUUGGUGACACUUAGCUUAAAAGGCAACAGGUUGUCGCACCUGGCAGCCGGUUCCUUUCCAUCCACGUUGCCACUUCGCGAGCUGGUGCUCAGUUUCAAUGACCUUUACAGCGUGGAAGCAGAUGUUUUUGUAAAUCUUACCAUGCUUGAAGUGUUGGAGCUGUCGUCUACGCUAUUCAGUGGCGAAUUUCCAAUUGCUACGCCGAUAGACAAACUGAAUUGGCUCAGUUUGAAUAACAAUAAUAUUCACUUUUUGUCAUCUAAAGAAAUUGAAUUGUUUUCUUCCUUGGAAUACCUGGAUUUGGAUUUUAAUAAAAUUAUAGAAUUUCCAACAGAAGCAAUCAAAACGAAUACUUCGUUCAGGUUGAAAGAGCUAAGGUUAUCGUAUAAUUAUGUAAGUAAAAUAAACACGGAAUUUCUUGCUGAUCUAAUAGAGUUGGAGAGCGUUGAUUUGUCUUACAAUCGCAUGCACAACAUUAGCGAGCGUAGUUUUGCAAAUUUACCAAACUUAGUUUAUUUAAGUUUAGCCGGAAACGUCGUAGAGUACGUCGCCGAGAGAACAUUUUACAAUUUGCCCAAAUUAGAAGUGUUGGAUUUACAACAGAAUCAAUUAACUGAAUUUUCCACUGAAUAUUUUGACAAUGUGUCCAAAGAGGAUAUUAAUUUUUCAGUAAACGUUAGUUAUAAUAGAAUAUCGUACCUAAGUAGCGAACGCAUGGUGCUCAUUAAUGUUUUAGAUUUAUCGCAUAACUUAAUAGAAAGUAUAUCUGAACAUUUUUGUAAUUGUCUCGGCUCGAGUAUAAGGCAACUAAUACUUUCAUAUAAUCUGUUGACUAAUAUAGAUAGCUUCAGUUUUGGUUCUUUACCAAAAUUGGACAUAUUGAGCUUGAAUAAUAACAAAAUAACUGCAUUGAAAAAAAGAAGCUUCACUUCUAAAAGAGCACUUUUAGAAAUGCAUACAAUACAAGUGCUAGACUUGUCGCGUGACAGGUUGACGCAGCUCUCGCCGGAGCAGUUUCAAAAUAUGCGACGAUUGCGGCACUUGCGACUGAAUGCCAAUGAACUGCGAUCAUUACCGAGAGAUUCAUUUAAGAAUACAGUGCUGGAACACCUAGAUCUUAGCCAAAAUCAAAUAAGCAUAUUUCCUAGUAGCGCUCUCACGCAUGUGGGCUUUACUUUGCGGCGAUUAGAGUUGGCGCACAAUCAAUUAGAAUAUCUCGAUGCCGCUAUGUUUCAUGCUAUCUCUUUCCUUCACGAAUUGAAUCUGGCGAAUAACGCCCUCACUGUACUCUCAGAUAAUACAUUCGCCGGACUUUCACGUCUGAUGGUUUUAGAUCUCUCAUUUAAUGCUAUUAAAACCAAUUUCAAAGAAUUGUUUCAUAAUUUACCACGAUUGCGUCGGCUCGGUCUCGCCGGUAUUGGGUUAAAGUCUAUUCCUCAUCUGCCCCUCGCUAAUCUGACAGAACUGAAUCUGAGUGAUAAUCAUAUAUCUUCUUUUCGCGAAAGCGAAGUUCGCCAGCUCGGCAACCUGCGUGUACUCAAUCUAGCUCGCAAUAGGCUCACCUCGCUGCAGCCGGCCAUGUGGACGAUACUUAGACAACUAAUAUUUCUCGACGUAUCCCACAACCCGAUAGUUCGUAUAGCAAGAGGUUCAUUCGACGGCCUCGAUCGUCUAUUACAUCUACGUAUGGAUCACUUAAGGCACCUCGAGACUAUCGAGCCUAGAGCAUUUUUGUCUUUGACAUCUUUACGUACAGUGGUUCUUGAGUCGCCUACGAAUGCGGAGCGAGGAGACGUAACUCUAGCCGAAAUAGUAGCCUCCACGCUCGCAAUUGAGUCACUUUCAGUGCACGUGCGGGACAAAGUUUUGGACAAACAACUUCACAAUAUGCGGGCAAUGAAAUUGCGAGCGAUUGAAGUAAAAGGUGCGGCGCUGAAACGAGUGUCUGAGGACGCGUUCAUCUCGCUCGGACAGCAGCGAGCACUCGCAGUACGACUGACCGAUUCCAGCAUCAACGCGUUGCCAGUGGGACUCGUGCGGCCUCUAGCACGCGUGCCUCAUCUCGCACUGGACGUGAGCAAUAACCGGCUCACCACAUUCAGUCCUGCAACGCUAUAUCCGAACCUCACCGGAUGGAAUCGUCUCGCCACAAGACUGCUACCAGGUGGUUUAGUGGUAUCUGGUAACCCGCUGCGGUGCGGUUGCUCGGUGUCGUGGGUGGGCGCGUGGCUGCGCCGCUGGACCGUGGAGGUGGGCGGCGGGUCGCGGAGCGCGCGCGACGCCGCCCGCCGCAGCACGUGCCGCGCGCCCGCCGCCGCUGGGGCCGCCGCCACCGCUGCCGUCGCCGGCGCCGCUCAGCCGCUGCUGGUGCUCGACGCCGACGAGGCCGAGUGCCACGCUAGCGCGCUCUCCAGCGGAGCGCUUAACAUGCGUCACUUUCGUCUCUCGGCUUUUCUUUGGAUUGUGCUCCUCCACUCGCUCAGUUAGUGAUCAGUGAUUCCUAUUAUAAAUAGUUUUGAACAGCGUGGAAUUUAUGUAUGACGUAUUUUUAUAUUCGUGUUCGGUUUGUUAUAGGAAAACAAAUUUGUUUGAGAUUUUGUUUUACUCCGUUUGAAUUACACAGUGACUAUACAUUUAUACAAACGCUUAUAAUAACAGUGUGCUGUGCUGUGUUGUGCUGGUGAUGGUGAAGGGACGAAAAAGUGAUUAUUAUGUAGAAUAUAUGCAGAUAAAAUUUUCUACAUGGCGAAAUAUUUGAAGAGUAUUUACUUUGAUUUGAGUGCGAGGUGAAUGUGUGUAAAAUAUAUCUAACUAUAUAUGAUAAAAAUUUAAUUUCCCAUUGUAAGUAAUAAAAAAGACGUGUCUAACGUAAUUACCUAAUUACUCGCCGUGUAUAUAUAUAUAUAUAUAUAUAUAUAUAUAUAUAU